AUGGGGAAGACACCAAAGAAGAAGAAACUAAGUGAAGCGGGUUCGCGGAAUAGCCUAAGCAGCUCAAUGAACAACAGGAGCAGCUCAAGGAACGGCCGAUGCAGCGGCGAACAGAGUCCCGAGUCAGCGGUGGACAAGGAUGAUGCUGUUUUCAUAGGGCUGGCUGUUGAAUUGAAGGAGGAGGGUACGAGGUUGUUCCAGAGGAGGGACUACGAGAGGGCAGCCUUCAAAUUUGACAAGGCGAUACAGCUCUUGCCAAAGGGGCAUGAUGAUAUUGCCUUCGUCCAUUGUAACAUUGCAGCAUGUUACAUGCACAUGAAUCCUGAGGAGUAUCAUCGUGCAAUCGACGAGUGCAAUUCAGCAUUGGAAGCAUCACCAAAGUAUACAAAGGCAUUGUUGAAAAGGGCACGGUGUUUUGAAGCAUUGGAUAAGCUAGAUCUAGCUUGUAGGGAUGUGCAAAAGGUUCUGAGCUUAGAACCAAACAAUGUGACUGCAUUGGAACUCUCCGAGAGUAUUAGGGAGGUAAUGGAAGAGACGGACAAACAGGUUGUGUCACCGGAGGAACCUGCGGCGAAUUUUGCGAAAGAGAAGAUACAGAGGAGGGUGUCCCGAAAAUUUAGAAAUUCCAUAGUCGAGGAAGAGGUGUGGGAGAUGAUUCACGAUAAAGAGGAUCAUGAGAAUGACCAGGAUGACGGGAAAGAGAACUGCAGUAAAGAGAACCAUACGAGGAAUGAUUUAAGCAAGGAGGAAAACGACACCGGGGAGAUGCAGGUGAAGCACAAUCAGGACAAGCAUGAAAAGCACACGGAAGAGAUCAAAAUCAAGAAGGGUCAGUACAAGCGAGGUGCGAGAGACGACGAAGAGCAGCAACGGCAGCACACUUCAUGGGAUAUGGAAGAAAUGAAUCUGAAACAAAGGCAGGAACAAGGCAAGAGCGAAAAGCAUCUCAAGGAGAUACUGGUAAAAGGUAUUCAGCUUGAGCUGGGAAGAUAUACAAAACAGAAUCAAGUCAUCAGUCAUAGCAAGCAAGAGAAGCAUACCGAGGAAAAGUAUGAAAGGUACACCAAUGUGAACCAGGAAAGACACUCUUUAGAGAGGCAUAUAGGCCGUUGCAACGACAUGCUAGAAAAUCGAACUACCAUCAAAACAACAAAUCAUGGUAGAGACAAGCAUGAAAAACAUACCAGGGAGAAUCAUGAAGAUGUUAGCGAAGGGACAACGAAGAAUGUUAAGUUUAUUCUUGGAGAUGACAUAAGGAUUGUUUUAAUUCCAGAAAAUUGUAGUCUAUUGCAACUAAUGGACAUAGCUCGGUAUAAGUACAAUCCCUACCUGAAGUCGUUCCUUCUGAAAUUUAUGGACAAAGAGGGUGAUUUGGUGACAAUUACAUCAACAGAAGAUUUAAGGUGGGUUGAGGAACUAAAUCCACAUGUACCAGUUCGCUUGUAUAUAAAAGAGGUUAGUCCUGAUCGUGAGAUCAUUAGGGAUGUGGUCAUGCCUACCUCCUCUUUUGCUGUGCAAGAACGAAAUCAUUACAGCAUCUCUGAGUGUGGAAGCUCAAGGAAGGGAGAUGAAAAGAACUCUUGUGUUGAUGACUGGAUGAUGCAGUUUGCCCGCCUAUUCAAGAACCACGCCGGUUUUGAUUCUGACGCAUGCGUGGAUCUCCGUGACCUUGGUAUCCGACUUUACUAUGAGGCAAUGGAAGACACCAUCACAAGUGAAGAAGCACAGGAAAUAUUUCAAGCUGCAGAGGCGAAAUUUCAGGAAAUGGCAGCCUUAGCAUUGUUCAAUUGGGGCAACGUCCACAUGACUCGUGCAAGGAAGCGAUUAUUUUUAUCUGAGGAUGCUUCGAAAGAAUCAAUACUUUCCCAGCUCAAGGAUGCAUAUGAAUGGGCAUGCACUGAAUAUGUCAAAGCUGGGAAGAAGUUUGAAGAUUCUGUGGAUGUAAAGCCAGACUUUUAUGAAGGUCUUAUUGCACUUGGACAGCAACAGUUUGAGCAAGCAAAGCUUUCUUGGCGUUAUGCUGAUACAUGUAAAGUAGACAUGGGAACUGAAGUAUUAGAACUUUUCAAUCAUGCUGAGGACAAUAUGGAAAAGGGAAUGGAGAUGUGGGAAGGAAUAGAAUAUUUGCGAGUAAAAGGGCUAUCAAAAUCCAGAAAGGAGAAGAUAGUACUGGAUAAAUUGGGUUUGAAUGAGCAGGGAAAAGAUUUAUCAACAGAUGAAGCCUUUGAACAAGCAUCAAAUAUGCGCUCACAGCUAAAUAUUUCAUGGGGUACCAUUCUUUAUGAACGCUCGGUAGUAGAAUUCAAGUUAGGACUUUCUAGCUGGGAGGAAAGUCUACAAGAAGCCAUUGAAAAAUUUAAGACUGGCGGAGCUUCUCUAGCAGAUAUUAGUGUGAUGGUGAAGAACCAUUGUGUGAACGAGAACACCCAAGAAGGAUUAAGCUUCAAUAUCGAUGAGAUAGUUCAAGCAUGGAAUGAAAUGUACGAUGCUAAAAAGUUGAAAAAUGGUAGUUCUUCAUUCCGUCUUGAACCUUUAUUUCGAAGGAGAUCUUCAAAGCUGCAUAAUAUACUAGAGCACAUACACUAUACGUGA